AUGGCGGCGGCACCAGCAGCUUCCUCGGCUAGGGAAGAAUACGUUUACAUGGCUAAGCUCGCGGAACAAGCGGAGCGUUACGAAGAGAUGGUUGAGUUUAUGGAGAAAGUCGCGACGGCCGUAGACAAAGACGAGCUCACCAUCGAAGAACGUAACCUUCUCUCCGUCGCUUACAAAAACGUGAUCGGCGCUCGUCGUGCUUCGUGGCGUAUCAUCUCAUCGAUCGAGCAGAAAGAAGAGAGCCGCGGCAACGAUGACCAUGUCUCCUUGAUCCGUGACUACAGAACCAAAAUCGAGACCGAGCUUUCGGGCAUCUGCGACGGAAUCCUAAAGCUCCUCGAUACUAUGCUCAUUCCCGCUGCUGCAUCUGGAGAUUCAAAGGUUUUCUACCUCAAGAUGAAAGGAGAUUACCACAGGUACUUGGCUGAGUUUAAAACCGCCCAGGAGAGGAAAGACGCCGCAGAACAUACCUUAACUGCUUACAAAUCCGCUCAGGAUAUUGCUAAUUCUGAAUUGGCUCCAACUCACCCGAUCCGUCUUGGUCUUGCCUUGAACUUCUCUGUGUUUUACUACGAGAUUCUCAAUUCUCCAGACCGUGCUUGCAAUCUCGCUAAGCAGGCAUUUGAUGAAGCAAUUGCUGAAUUGGAUACUCUUGGCGAAGAAUCAUACAAGGACAGUACCUUGAUCAUGCAGCUUCUUCGUGAUAACCUCACUCUCUGGACUUCUGAUAUGCAGGACGAUGGUGCUGAAGAUACUAUCAAAGAAGCAGCAGCACCCAAGCCUGCUGAAGAAAAGCAACAGUCCUAA